GUUAUUGUCAGCGAGCUCCGAGACGUCAGCCGGUUUAGUGUUUGUAGCUACGUCUGCUGCACCUUUAUCGGCUUCUUCAUUACCGUGCAGACCCGUGUGAGAAACGACUUUGAGGAAAAUGGUGUGUGCGUCCCUCUUCGCUCGUGCAUGGAGCAAAUCGGCGAUCGAACUCAAAAGUGCCUUAUGUUUGCUCAGAUGUAAGCGACGUGGUUCGUUAAUAGCCCGUUUAAUUAGAUACAAGCUUGCAGCUGAGUCACUGGCAAUGGUUAGCGUUUUCUUCGCGAACAUACUAGUUUCACCUCCGAAUUCUUCCAGGGCUGCACGAAUUGCAGCGAGCUCGGCGCGUGUAAUAGUGUUAGUGCAGCCAAAUCCAUUUGGGUUUACGUAGACAACACGGUCUUUAUGCCAAGCACAAGCCCCAGCCACUUGUAGUUCUCUACCGUUUUCAGUAGUUAUCUUGGAUACCGAGCCAUCGGUCCAUACAAUUUCCUCGGGGUUGUGGGCCAGCGGCAGUGUACGUUGGAAUUGUGUCCGAUUCAACCUCGGUGUCACUGGAGCUUCGUCAGGCGUGACCACAGUGGCAAUGUUCUGGGGCACGUCAGUGCCGAGUCCAGGCUCCAUCCCAGCUGUGCCUGGGGAGUCCAGUUCUCCGUUCGUCCAGGUGGCGAGUCGGCGGCAGAGCGGGCUGCGCACAACGGCUCGGACGGUUGCCGAGGGGAGGGACGUCUGGUGCUGUGGUGCCGUCUUAUGGUCCGUUUGCCCCGGGUCGCGCCGGUAUCGGUGCAGCAGGGCAGCCACCGCCACCUCGAAGGCCUUGGUCCGGUUGUUGUUGGUCCGGUUGAAGCUUUCCCAGAGCGUUUGAAGGCGUGUGUAGGAGACGAGUCGACCUCGAUGAAAAGAGGGCCGCACGUGGGGCAGGUGUUGUCUCGAGUGGCCCGGGCGCAGGUGCGGUGGGCGGCGCGUGUGCAGGAUGGCCGCCAGCUCCUGGCCAUCAUUAUCCAGGUCGUAGGUGCUGCGGCGUCGACGUCCAUUGGGUCCUCAGCGGCGGCCGCGGCUGGCUGCCCUUGGUGGAAAAGGCUUUCGUCUCCAUUUGUGAGGCGCAUAGCCGUGCUGAUUGCGGCUUUAUCACCGGUUGGCUUCGGGUUGGGCGACGGGAGCUGCGGUAUCCGCGGCUGGGGCAGGAGUUGGGGCCAUCUGCCCCAAGGCAGUUGGCGUGUGUUGCAAGGGAGUUUCUCGAGCUCCCGGGUGCUAAUCAGAUGGCGGCUCGUAUUGCGGUCGACCAAGUGGCUGAAUUCGAGCUGGAGUUCCGCUAGCGGGAGCACGUGUUCGACAGGGGGGGGUGCUGCCGCACGCGCUGCAGCUGCGGCGUCCAGGGCCUCGACAAUUGACCAGGUAGGGGUGGUAUACGGUAGGUGGUGUGCGAGGCUCGCACCCGCCAGGCUAUGCUGCCGUGGCAGGAGGGCACGGGUAACCACGCCCAGUCGGCCUGUGUCGUUUAGAGCAAGGACAAGCGCGCGGUUGGCCACACGCGCGUACUGGGUUUCCGUGACGUGGGAGACUUGCGCCUUCCAGUCUAGUGAGAAGGUCUUCCAGCGUUGUGGUCAGGGCCGCCAAGUCGUCAGCGUACGCGGCGGCGCUGCAGUGGUACCGUGCAUUGUCUUCCGGGCUGAGGCAUCCGUAGCGGUAGCCCCGCCCACCUGCGUGGAGCCACCGCACAAGCGGUUCCAUGAACAAGAUGAACAGUACAGGGCAGCGUCCUCCAGUACAUGCACAAGGUUCAGUAUCUGCCGUUCCGUGUUGCAGUAGGCCCGGAAGCCCUCCUGUGAUUCGCUGAACAGCUGGAGUGGGCCUGCCAGUUCGCCGAUGCCCAGGGUGAGCAUAGAAGUGUACAGUUUAUAGCAAGUGUUGGCUAGAGCGAUGGGCCUCUUGUUCUUGAUGUCAAGAGCGUCCCCAGGUUUUGGGAGCAGGACCGUGUCCGAAGUGGCCCAGGACUCCGGGAUUGUGGACUUGACGUACAUGAUCUUCAGUGUGUUGUGUAGGGCUCGCUUCAUGCCAUGAGGCAAGAUGCGGAGCAGCUCGUUCGGAAUGCCGUCUGGGCCCGUGGCUUUGUUACGAGAGAGGUGGGCGAUACAGUGGUCGAAGUUGGCGGGGUCUGCCAUGCUAGAAAGCAUGGAGUGUGCUUCCGGGUGCUUGUUACGCUCAAGCGUAAAGGCAUCCGUAGCGUUAGGUAGUUCGAACGGGUACCCACGCAUUGCGCCAGGCGACAGGCGAUAUUCACCUGUGCGGGGCCCUCGUGGGGGGGCUGACAGUUUGCGGAAGUGGCCUUCCAGGGCGGUUAGAAUGCUGGGGGGGUCGGUUACCACCUCACC